AUUCGGGCUUAUAUGUCAGCACUUAUCUGACUCAAACAGAGAAACAAAUGGAGGAAGGUAGAUGCUUCUGUAUGUAUGUGUGUGUGUGUGUGUGUGUGUGUGUGUGUGUGUGUGUGUGUGUGUGUGUGUGUGUGUGCGCAUGUGUGUGUUGGGCGACCAAGUUUCUAUCUUGUCAUAACCAAACCACAACCGUCACCCCCCCCACCCCACAGAGAGUGUCCAAUCUUGCCAUUUGUGAAAGCGCUGUGUGACAUCACUGGAGUUCCCCAGCCAUGACUGCUGAGCAUAUAUUAGCUGCACAGCUCCACAGUCAGUCCUCACACAACUCGUCACUUCUGCAAGCCUUAAACGCAGCUUCGUCGCUCGCAGUCGGCCGGCACUCCUGCGAAACCCUUCUGUUGGAUCACUAAUACGGCAUCAUGGAAGUCAGCUGCAGCAGCAUCGUGGAGGUGGAGAACAGCGCGAAGGUGCAGCGGCGCGGUCCUUCGGCCAGCCGAUGGAAGCUGGGGGGCCUGCUGGGGAUCCUGGCGCUGUGCGCCGCCGCGGCCGUGUUGUUCACCCUGCACGAACAGGUGGCGAACAAAGACGAACAAGAGACCGAUCUCCGACACAUGUUGAGGCAAAUUUCCCAGAACGUCAAAGGUGCUAUCCAUUUAGAAGGUCAACACAACUCUCUUGUGUCCAACGAGUCGGCAGAGUGGUACAGUGAAGUCGGCCAGGCAUUCUCCCAGGGGGGGCUCUCUUUGGAGAACAACGAGAUCGUUGUGGAAAAGGCGGGCCUCUACUUCGUCUACAGCCAGGCCUCCUUCAAGGUCAACUGCCACGAGAAGAACCCAUACUCCAACGAGCAAUUUGUGCACAUCAGCCACGCGGUGAUGCGCUGGUCCGAGUCCUACGGCAGCGUCUGGAAGCCGCUGCUCAGUGCCGUCCGCUCUGCCUGCAAGAAGGUGACCGGCGGGUCCGACAACGGUGAGCGCUGGUACAGCGCUGUCUACCUGGGAGCCGUGUUCAGCCUCAAUGCCGGAGACCGCCUAAAAACCACCACCAGUCCCAAACUGCUGCCAGACAUGGACGAGGAAGACGGGAAGACCUUUUUCGGAGCGUUCGCGCUGUAAGAGGUCGGAAAGAACACGCAAAGAGUUUGCAGCUCGGCACAAAACGACACAAUAGGAUGCGCCGAGAAACCACAAGCAGAACGAGAGGGAAAGCACUUGAAUAAGAGUUGAUGGCAGAGCUGCUCGGCUCACACCUGUACUUGAAGAGUAAUUAUUAGUGGGUAUCCAAACAACGCUGAUAGACCUUUUGAGACCUUAUCGUCUUGCCUUAUUGAAUGUUAUCAUUGCCCAUGGUAAAAUCCAUGGUAAAUGUACAAACUGAAACAGUUUAUUAGGUUGUAUAUCUAGACACACUGUGUCACUGUGUAUGUACAUGCGUGCGUGUGUGUGUGCGCUUGUGUGUAUCACUGACUACUUCUUCUGUGCACUAAAUGUAUUAUUCCACUGUAUUGUUGUACUUUACUGUGCAACAUUAUAGCUGCAAGACAACACCUCUCUCAUAUACUAUACUCAGGUCAGAGAGCUGUAGUCUAUCAGGGGAAAAUAGCAUAUGAAUAGACUCAACAUGUUACCAUAGCAACUGUAAAACUUUUUGAAUGUUGUAUUAUCUUUAGUAUUUAUACAAGAAAUUAUUUAUUUAUUUAUAUAUAUUUAUUAUUUUUUAUUACCGAUGAACGUUUAUCUCAGGAGAGGAAAGACAUUGCUGUUUAUCCUGUUAUUUAUGCGAAAUGUUUUUUAAAGCUAUUUAUUUCCUGUUCUGAACCAGGCGCUGAACUGACUUUCAAAGUUGUCCUCGAAAAAAAGCAAUCAAUAAAAAUGUUUU